AUGAUGCCAAACAAAUCGGACACUUCAAGCAGCUCUGGAGCCAAGAAGAUGACACCAUGUUCGUUCUUUGCAGCUGGAAAAUGUUGCAAUGGUAGUAGAUGCAAGUUCUUUCAUGCUCCACGAGAGGAUCUGGCCGUGAGUCCACUGCCCUGUAAGUUUUUCUUGCAAGGUGCGUGCAAUGCGGGACGUAAGUGCAAGUUCUUGCAUUCAGUUGAAGCGCAAGUGACAUCAACGCGUGUAAGCUCUAGUACUGGUGAUAAGAUGAUAAUUCCAGGAGCUUAUGGAAUUCAAUGCAAGUUUUUCAAGAAUGGUGGCUGCUCCAAUGGGGAGAAAUGUCCGUACUUGCACGUCGAGAAAAAGAAGACAGAAGAGAGUCAAUACAAGGAUAAUAAAGAGGAUAAGGUCGAGGAUACUUGUACACCUGAAAUUAGAUCUGAUGAAGAAGAAAAAGUGAUGAGUUUAAUGGCCGAAGCGUCGCAUAAGAAGGAGCAGGAAAGAAUCGAAAAGAAUGAAAUGACGGACUUUAUUUCAAAGGAGGAAGAAUUGUAUUACUAUGGUGCACCUGGAGAAUUUGAAGACGCCAUGGCUGAUUCUGUAGUACCCAUGCUGAAAGAGUCGUACGUGGAAGUUGCGAAGAAGAACGUGACAAAUACACCGCAUGCAUUUGAUGAGGAGCGUCCCGCACCACCCAAAAUCUGUACCUUCUUUUUGCAAGGAAUGUGCCGAUACGGCAACACGUGCUUUUACACGCAUUCCCUGCCGGAGCGUGCUGCUAGCGAGGAAGACUUGCUUGCGAUGGAAGAGGAGAUCGGGUUUUCACAAGAUCUGGAAUGCGGCAUUUGCUAUGAGAACGUGAUUGGCAAGGGUGAGCGUUUUGGAUUGCUAUCGGGAUGCAACCAUUCGUUUUGUCUCACAUGCUUGCGAAAUUGGAGAGGUACUGCUGAUCAGCCAAAGCAAACAGUACGCCAAUGUCCAGUGUGUCGUGUGGAGACGAGUUUUAUAAUUCCGUCUAGUCGGAUGGUUACCAAGUCGGAGCGUAAGAAAGUUCUCAUCGACGAGUACCUAAGAAACCUGUCGGCUAUUCCGUGCCGUCACUUCGAUGAAGGAAGAGGAACCUGUUCAUUUGGCACUAGCUGCUUCUACGCACAUCGUUUUCUGGACGGCACUUUGGAAUCACGCCAAGUGCGAGUUACGGUCGACGCUGAUGGCGAGUAUGAUGUCCUCCGUCAAGUUCGUCUCGAGCACUAUUUCCAACAAAGCCAUAGCAAUGAACAAUUGCUCUAA